AUGCGCCGAAUAACCCUCGCGGCCUGCACGCUCGCCGCCGCGGCCGCCGCGUCGCGCGAGGUCCACAAGCUGAGAGCGGCACAAAGCGCGUGCACGCUCAACCGGACGCGCGGCCCCGAGCCGACGAAGCGCUUCGUUGUGUUCACGAAGCAGCGGAGCGGUUCGAGAUGGUUCGUCAACGCGCUGGCCCUACGGUCGAACGGUACUUUUCAAACUCACAUCCCUGAAAUAGAAUUUAGGGGCUUCGGCCUGCGCGAGAUUCGCCGCGCGAAGGGCGCCUACGCCGCCUGCCACAGCAAGAGCCCCUCCAAACGAUGCUCCUGCGCCAUGCGCCGCUUCUUCCACGUGCACGCGCACAGCGGACCGGGCUACCAGGACGAGCGGAACCGAUCGAUGGGCGCGCCCUUACGAGUCGGCGGCUGCCCCGCGAAAGACACCAAGGAAUGCCACGUGGGCUACAAGUGGAUGGUCGACACGGCCGACACGGGCCACCGCCGCGGCAACCACCACGCGAUACCCUACAAGUACGAUAAAAAACGGCCGCCCGAGUUCACCGCCGUCGCCGCGUCGAUCUGCGAGAUGCGCAUCCCCUACAUCUUCAUGUGGCGGAAGAACACUCUCAGAAGAAUGAUCUCGAACGCCGCGACCCGUGUGGAGAUCAAGUUUCGGGCGCCCCACGCCAAUGGUUGAUUUCCACGCAGGCCGCGAACCAGCACACCACCAAAAGAGCUAAAAGAAAACACAUCGACCCCCACGCGCACGCCGCGUCCGCUCGCGACGCGCAGAAGCUCGCGCGCUACCGGCCGAAGCUGAACACGCGGAAUUUGUUGACCGACCUGAACCAGGCGCAGAUCGAGCAGCGGAACGUUGUUAAAUUGUUCGAGUAUCACUGCGGGAGCGACGCGCCGCGGCGGCAAUACUGGUACGAGGACCUCAUCGACGCGUCGCCGAAGAGCACGGCCGCGUGGGCGAAGGUGCUCUACCAGCUCGGCGCCUGGCCGCGCGUCGACGUCGAGCGGGUCAAGCGCCUGCGCCGGGCCGAGGCGAAGGGCGCCGGCUUGGUGACGUCCUUCCGGAACGCGCACGCCCCGCAAGUCAUGAUCCACGGGUCCAAGCCCAUCUCGGCGACGAUCGGCAACUACGACGCGGUCUACCGCGUGCUCAAGGGCACGCCGCACGAGUGGAUGCUCGAGCGGCACCUCGAACCCAAGUCAAGUCGGUGA